AUGUCACAGAGGACCGGCCUGUCCCCCUCCAACGUCUCCGAAGCAUCGACAUCGUCGCAGCCCUCAGUCGCUCAGCCUUCGGGCUCCGGGGACGUCACGUCGCCCGAGGCUAGAAAAUAUGUCACUCAGGCAUGCCAGCCGUGCCGUGCCAAGCGCUCCAAGUGUGACAACGCCCAUCCCACCUGCUCAGCCUGCGUAGCGCGAGGAACGCUAUGUGUCUACUCCGAUGUCGACCGCCGGAGAGGCAAGUUGAGGGCGAACGAGACGGACGCUCUGCAAGAGCGAGUCCGGAAGGUCGAAAACAUUAUCAACGUUCUGACGCAGCGAUCCGAGGAGGAGGCGUACGACCUGCUGAGGAGGAUGAGGACUAACCCACCUCAAUCUCUGGGCAGUGAGGGGUUGGCUGAAUGGACGCAGGCACGGGAGAGGGAGGGGGAAUUCAAUGCUCCGGCUGCACGCGUCUACACGGUCCAUGACCCUCCACCGGAACACCUGAUACAGUACGGCAUCAGAGCAUUCUUUGGCAGCACCUAUACAUUAUUCUAUAUCUACGAAAAACAAGAGAUGGACGACCUCCUGAACAGGGUAUACCGAACCCACGAAGCCGUCGACAAUGCGACCCUAUGCGAACUCUGCGCCGUGGCCGCAGUCGGGAGCCACUAUGAUGGCGACAAGUUGGACGGACCGGUCUUGGACGCCUUGUUCCAGACCGCCACGAUUUAUAUGAGUGACUGUAUCGAGUCACAGUUUCUGCGAGGCAUGAGAGUGCUUCUGUGUCUCGGCAUCGUUUCAUCUUUGACCAAGCGCACGAGCGCUCGUUUAUCGAUCGCUUCUGGAUUGAGACUGGCACGUUGGGCACGUCUGCAGCAGCAAGAUAUCUUGCCCUGGGUCGCCUACCGGAAAGUCUACCGAUCGCUUGUCUUUAUGGAGUGCUGGCUUGCUUCGACCCUCGGAUACCAGCCUGAUCUCAGUCACGACGAGGCCGAGCUUGCGAGCCAAGAGAUUAUCGAAGCCCAACCAAGAACCGAGAACCGCAUCCAAGCCGAAGUAUGUACGAUUGGUUUGAUGGUGGCAGGGAUCAUGCAGGAUGUCGACAAGCCGACUUCAGCAGUGUUUUCCGUGGUUGAGAAGCAUUCAAGGAUAUUAGGUGAGUGGCAGGAGAAACUACCCGAUUCAAUGAGACUGGAUGCGCUCGUCCCCCCGGGCCACGGGACCGGGCUUCCAGAGCCGCACCGUCAUAGCCUUAUUCUCGUACAUGUGAUGUUUCUGGGGGCCAAGAUGAUGCUCCAGAGACGACUGCUGGUGGAAAUGGCCAACUGUCGAAUGACGAGGCGAUGGACGCUUGAUGGAACGCCCAGGCAGGGUGAGAGCAUUCAAAGAGAGUGUGUCGAGGCUGCGGAACUGUGUGUCCAUCUCUUUGAGGUGCUUGGGUACACGAAGCAAAAGCGUCGCACCUGUUGGCUCUGCGUUGGUCAGGCGUUUAGCGCAUGCAGCGUUCUCCUCUUCGCGGCCGCUCAGCGACUCUUAUACGAUCAGAGAGAUAGUGUUCAGGUCUACCUCUCUGGGUCCCAGGAAUGCAUUAAUAUGCUCGCCAGUUGCAGUGUUGUGGACCGUGUGGCAAACUCGUUGCUCCAGAUCGUCCGACCACUGCACCAGGAUCUUCAGCGACUAGCUAGUACCGAAUCCAGCAGUCGACCGAAGAGCGGAAUCUACGAUCUACUCGAAAAUCCACAUGCGGAUGCUGCCACCAGUCCACCCACCACGGCAGGCAUGCGAGGGUGGUCCCCAGGAGCCCAGCAAUACCAAGGCAUUACCGGCGAACCCAGUGCGUUGCCGCCGCCGAUCCGCACAGCCGCUAUACCGGCCAUGCAGCAUGCGAUUGAAGUUCUGGGAAAUCCGUUUGGCCUGCCCAGGAGGCUGAACACCGAUUCGUUCGCCGCCGGGGACCCUAUCGCUCCGAGCUGGAGCUGA